AUGUUGGGCAUCACAGUCUUCACCGCGCUCCUGGCCUAUGCCUCCAGCUGCGGGGUCCCCAUCUUCCAGCCCAACCUAUCAGCCCGCGUGGUGGGAGGAGAGGACGCCAUUCCCCACAGCUGGCCCUGGCAGAUCUCCCUCCAGUACCUCAAGGAUGACACAUGGCGGCACACGUGUGGCGGCACCUUGAUCUCCCCCAACCAUGUCCUCACAGCCGCCCACUGCAUCAGCAACACCCUGACAUACCGCGUGGGCUUGGGGAAGAACAACCUGGAGGUGGAGGACGAGGCAGGCUCCCUCUACGUGGGUGUGGACACCAUCUUUGUCCACGAAAAGUGGAACUCCUUCCUCAUUCGCAAUGACAUUGCCCUUAUCAAGCUGGCAGAGACUGUGGAACUGAGUGACACGAUCCAGGUGGCCUGCCUGCCAGAGGCGGGUGCCUUGCUGACUCAGGAUUACCCCUGCUACGUCACUGGCUGGGGCCGUCUCUACACCAAUGGCCCCAUUGCCGCCGAGCUGCAGCAGGGCCUGCAGCCCGUGGUGGAUUAUGCCACAUGCUCCCAGAGAGACUGGUGGGGCUCCACGGUGAGGGAAACCAUGGUCUGUGCCGGAGGCGAUGGAGUCAUCUCAGCCUGCAAUGGGGACUCGGGUGGCCCCCUGAACUGCCAAGCUGAGAAUGGCAACUGGGAUGUGCAAGGCAUCGUCAGCUUCGGCUCCGGGCUGGGCUGCAACACCUUCAAGAAGCCCACGGUCUUCACCCGUGUGUCUGCCUACAUCGACUGGAUCAACGAGGGCCUUAGCCAGGGCCACACAGAUAGGACUCCUUACAGACACACCAUGAUCAGGGCCUUACUGCUGUCUACGUUGGUGGCUGGAGCUCUCAGCUGUGGGGUCCCCACUUACCCACCGCAACUGUCCAGAGUGGUUGGAGGUGAAGAUGCGAGGCCCAACAGCUGGCCCUGGCAGGUCUCCCUGCAGUACAGCUCCAGCGGCCAGUGGCAUCACACCUGCGGAGGGUCUCUGAUAAAACAAAACUGGGUCCUGACAGCAGCCCACUGCAUCAGCUCCUCCAGGACCUACCGCGUGGUGGUGGGCAGGCAGAGUCUCUCCACCAGUGAGUCUGGCUCACUGACGGUCGCCGUCUCCAAGUCCGUGAUACACGAGAAGUGGAACUCCAAUCAGCUCGCCCAAGGGAACGACAUUGCCCUGCUCAAACUGGCCAGCUCUGUCCCCCUGACUGACAAGAUCCAGCUGGGCUGCCUGCCGCCUGCUGGCACCAUCCUGCCCAACAACUAUGUCUGCUACGUCACGGGCUGGGGAAGACUGCAGACCAAUGGAGCUCUUCCUGACAUCCUGCAGCAGGGUAAACUGCUGGUUGUGGACUAUGCCACAUGCUCCCAACCUAGUUGGUGGGGCAGCACUGUGAAGACCAAUAUGAUCUGUGCUGGGGGUGACGGCGUGACCUCCAGCUGCAAUGGGGACUCCGGUGGGCCACUGAACUGCCAGGCGGAUAACGGCCAGUGGCAGGUGCAUGGCAUAGUCAGCUUCGGGUCCUCCCUCGGCUGCAACUACUACCGCAAGCCCUCCGUCUUCACACGGGUCUCCAACUACAAUGACUGGAUCAAUUCGGUGAUUGAAAAUAACUAA